ACUUUACGAGCUGGGUUUGAACAAGGACUUUUACUUUGAAACGCGUCGUUGCUGCUAGCUAGCAUAACUGUAAACAUGAGGUACUGUAACUAGCAGCAGGUAACGUGACUUUUUAAGGCUGGAAGUAAGUAAUGUUGUGCUCGUGGACACUUGUGUGUAGAUAAAACUGUCUGAGAUGAGGCCCGAAGGCUUCUGGUCUGCGGUUGAUGUGUGGAUAAAGAAGCCUCAUGUGGUGAAUAAGCGGCUGUGCGGAGCGACAGAGACGGAAUACAGAGCUGUGAGCUGUGAGGAGCUCGAGCUCUGUCUCUGCAGCUUCCUCAGCAUCAGUCAGCGGGAUUUAGCAGAAAUCGUCCCUUUCCUGCACGCGCACACAGCGGCCACGAGCCACCAGACUGUACCAACCUGGAGUGUAGGAGGGAGAACCAUCAUCCCUAAAGCAGGGCUACAGAGCAAUGGAGCAAAGCUGUACAAGGAGAUUAUUGUCAAAGAUUUGAAUGGACAAACAGUGACAUUUCUGCCAACUGAAGAAAACAGUGAAGGCCACAUCAUUCUGAGGGAAAGUAAUAUUUAUCAGAUCCAGCUUCAGGAAAAGACAGAUGAUUGGAUAUUGUCUCUUCAUGCCCUGAGACCUGAUCAGUGGUAUAGUGAUGGCGUGGCCUACCCCAAACUCACCUGGCUGACAUCGGAGCUUCUUCCUAAACUAGCACGCUGGGCCACAGAGAGCAAAGCCACAGAGUUCAAGAGUACUCUGUCUCUCAUUCCUGUCGAGAAGUACAGCAUACUCUACCAGCAGCUGAAAAACAAAUACAAAGAGAUUGUCAAGGUCUGGCCUGAAGUAACUGAUCCUGAGAAAUUUGUCUUUGAAGAUGUUGCCAUUGCUACAUAUCUUCUUGUUUUAUGGGGUGAAGAGCGAGCUGAAAAAGGAAUAACAUCCAAACAGUCUUUUGUGGACCUCGGCUGUGGAAAUGGCCUGCUUGUCCACAUAUUAAACAAUGAAGGGCAUCCUGGUAAGGGAAUUGACAUUCGCAAGCGAAAGAUCUGGGACAUGUAUGGACCCAAUACACACUUAGAGGAAAAGGCAAUCACGCCCAGCGCUGCGUUCCUCUUCCCUGAGACGGACUGGCUGAUUGGAAACCACUCAGAUGAGCUCACGCCAUGGAUCCCCGUUAUAGCAGCCAGAUCAUCGUACUAUUGCCGCUACUUUGUGCUCCCUUGCUGCUUCUUUGACUUCUGUGGGAAGUACCAGCGCCGACAGUGUAAGAAGUCUCAGUACAGGGAGUAUGUAGACUUCAUCAACGAGGUCAGCGUAGCAUGUGGCUUUCAAACAGAUGAAGACUGUCUGAGGAUUCCCUCCACUAAGCGGGUCUGCCUAAUUGGGAAGAGUAGGAGUUAUGAGCAGGCUGAGGAAGAGUUAGCAGAAGUGAAAAGAACAGAUUACAUUAGGGGACGGCAGGCCUUAACUGACAACUCGACAGUUGUUACUCAGAAAGAGCACAGUGGACCUCAUCAUCAUGGAGAUGGACAGGAGAUGGCCAAAGCAGGAUGUGACUGGGGAAACGGCUUUCAGCCGAGGGAGAAGAUCGAGACAGUCAGAAACUGUGCAGCUCUCCCUAGAGACUUUGUAGAUGGUGUCGUCCUGAAGGUGGCGAUGGCCUUGUUGGGACUCACUGGAGAGAAAAGAGAGGAGGAGGAAGAGGACAAGAUUGGAAAGCAGAGAAUUAGGUGGAAUGCAGGAGGCUCUCUGUCUGUCCGUGAGGUAGCUGAGCUCCUGGACCAGUCAACAUUGCAGACACUGAAGAAAGAAUGCGGAGGACUACAGACUCUGCUGAAAAACAACCAUCAAGUGUUCCGAGUGGAAGGUGGAAAGGUUCACAUUCGUGACUGGCGCACUCAGGGCACCCAGACUGACCCGAAGCGCAAAUCCCAAAUCUCAGGAGCACUAAAAACCCGACUCUGCUGGUUCCACACUCACCACCCUGAUGGAUGUCCACUGUCCAGCAAUGACUGCGUUUUUGCCCAUGGGGCUGAUGACCUCCGACCCUCCACACGCCCCCUGAAAAAACACAGGAGCUGAUCAUGAUCGAUGCUAAGAACUUUUGUAUGUUUGUAUUUGAAUUGAAACUCCAUGAAGACUCACAUUGAUUUUGUUUAUAACAUUUACAUUAAAGGAGAAUUCAGAGGUAUUUUGGGCUUCGAAAAUUUGUCUUGUCGGAGUGUGUGUAAGUUAUCGAUAAUGCCUUGGCUUCUUAUUUGUUUUCUGUUGUUUGUAUAGCAACAGAUCAAACUGAAAUUCUCCUUGCAAGUAUUCUGGGAUUACCAAUAAACACACGAACUCAAUAAGGACCACACAA